CUGCCUCGCGGUGCCUCCGUUUCCCCGCCUGUACAAUGGGGACACUGGACUGUGGCCUGCUGUCACUCCACCCACCCCACCCCCACCACCAAAUGCGAGCCCACCAGCCGUGCCAGGACUCCGACUCCUGGCGACCCGACGCGUGUCCCGUGUCCCGAGAAGGACCGCGCUCCAUAUGGCUUCCAAGGCCUUUCUGGAACAGACGCUGCGGCUCCCCAGCCCCCCAGCAUCACAGGCCUCUGGAUCCCACAGCCCCGUCCGCCCAGCCCCUGGCCCCUGGGGGCCGUGGAGGGAUGGCCACCCAGCUGCUGCCCGAGGAGUCCCUGGGUUUUAAGUGCCUGGCUUUGGGGAACUCUGUGGCUUUUCUUCCAAGGCGGCCUCUGGGUGGACUUGACACCAUCAACCUUGCAUUGAGCAACCGGGGGUUGGUGACCUUCAGGGAUGUGGCCGUGGACUUCACCCAGGAGGAGUGGCAGCAGCUGGAGCCUGCUCAGAAGGACCUGUACAAGGACGUGAUGCUGGAGAAUUUUCAGAACCUCAGCUCCCUGGGUAAGGUGGAGCAUUCACACGUCACCGGCAUGCCCCACCGCCACCUACCCUGGUUUGAAACCUCAGAAGGUCAUGGAUUUGGGGUCCAGGAGUGAGAGUGAGGGUGCAGAGCGAGCGGCCCCCGCGGGGCUGUCCCCAGCACUGGAGUUGGAAGAACUGAGGCGGGGCCGC